AAGAUCAGCAGCCAUCCUGCCUGCACAGUGGGCAGUGAGCUGCCAGGGAGGCUGGGCUGCACACCAUCAGACCUAAGGGCAUGGCCCCCAACAGGGUCCUCCGGAAGGUGGGAGUGGUGGGCUACGGCCGCCUCGGACAGUCCCUGGUCUCUCAUCUCCUGGCUCAGGGAUCUGACCUGGGUCUUGAGCUGGUUUUUGUCUGGAACCGUGACCCGGCCCGAAUGGCAGGGAGCGUACCCUCAUCCCUGCAGCUCCACGACCUCACUGCCCUUGGGGAAAGGCACCCUGAUCUUGUGGUAGAAGUGGCUCAUCCCAAAAUAAUUCACGAAUCUGGGGCCCACAUCCUGCGCCAUGCCAAUCUGCUGGUGGGCUCCCCGUCGGCCCUGGCUGACCAGAGCACACAGCAGCAGCUCCUGGAUGCCUCCCACCGCUGGGGCCAUGCUGUGUUUGUGGCUCGAGGAGCCCUGUGGGGCACUGAGGACAUUUCGAGAUUGGAUGCAGCUGGGGGCCUCCAGAGCCUGCGAGUCACCAUGGCCACACACCCAGAUAGCUUCCGGCUGGAGGGACCCCUAGCUACAGCCCGCAGCACUGGGCCACGCACUGUGCUCUACGAAGGCCCCGUCCGUGGCCUCUGCCCCUUUGCUCCUCGAAACUCCAACACCAUGGCAGCAGCUGCCCUGGCUGCGCCCAGCCUGGGCUUUGACAACGUGAUCGGGGUGCUUGUGGCGGAUGUCAGCCUCGCGGACGUGCAUGUGGUGGACGUGGAGCUGAGAGGACCCCCGGGGCCCACGGGCCGGAACUUCACUGUGCACACCCACCGGGAGAACCCCGCGGAGCCAGGCGCUGUCACCGGCUCUGCCACGGUCACCGCCUUCUGGCGCAGCCUCCUGGGCUGCUGCGAGCUAGCCUCCAGGCCAGGGAUCCACCUCUGCUGAGACCCCACCUGCACCCUGGAAGCCAUCCUACCGCUGCUCACUUCUGCCCUGGCUGCACUUUCCAAAAGCUACCUCCUUUCACAGUAAAGCAC